AUGGCUAUGUACCGAGAAGCUUGUGUGGACAUGGACAAUCCCCAUCAAGAUGUGCAAGGUGAUGCUCUGCGGGAAGAGACGCGGAAGCUUCAAAGGUAUAUGGAGGAGCAAUUCGCACAGCAGGGGAAGAUCCUACAAGAGUUGAGGACUCAACUGCGAUUCAUGGUGCGCGACGAGGCGGCCUCAAGGCUCUCGGCGUUUCCAGAGAUGGUCGAGGUCGCUGGCGACUUGGAUGACUUGGCUCCCCUUGGAGUUUCCAAAGAUUCGGAUGAGACUCGUCAAGAGCAAGAUGUUGGUCACAAUGAGGAGGAGCCACCAGCCUGGGAUCCCUGCUGGGAUCCUGAGAUGCGGGAAAAGCUGAAGGAACAUCAACGCCAGGCAGCACGGACUGCGAGAUUGACCCCCCAACUCUCGCAUAAUGAGCUUCAAGUCGGGCACGGUGAGUGGCUUGUCAGGAGAUAUGCGUUUCAUUUGGCAUCUUCAGCGACUUUCCAAGCGUCCAUCAUGCUGCUGAUCCUGUUGAAUUUGAUCAUGCUGGGGAUCGAAGUUGAUGUUUCCUCAUCAUUGAAGCCCGACGAAGAGGAUCCAGUGGUCUUCCAGGUGCUGAAUAUCGUCAUUGUCAUUGUUUUCAUCUUUGACUCUCGGCACAGGAAAUUGCGGUCAAGAUGGCCGGAUUCGGCUGCGCCCACUUUUUCUUUGGUCCUGAGAGGUGGUGGAAUUCGACUUGUGGCCGGCUGGACUAAGGAACAUUUUGACCGCAUUGAGCAGAUGUGUGCUCAAAUUGUGGCUGAAGCCAAGCCCCAGAAUUUUUUCUCUAACAGAAUUGCGCCUGACAGCAAGCGUAAACUCAGUGAACGCAUCAAAAAGAACAAUGCGACUUGGCGCAAGGAAAAUGGGCUCCCUGACGACUCUUCCGGCACGGGAGGUCUGUGUAAUGGUAAGGUUGCACCUAUGCGCCUUGCUAAGCGCACUGGGGUCAAACGCAGACGAUACAAACAAGCCACUGAAUGGCUCAGGGAUUUAACCAAGGACGGAGACGUUGAGAGCAACCCGGGACCUACCCGCCGUCGGCGAGUGCAGACUUCUUUUCCUCAUUUAAAAGUUUGGCAGUGCAAUUUGAAUGGGUUCGGCCCCCGCGGCUGGGAAUUCGUUGCGCAAGCGGAAAAAGACCAAGUUGAUAUCCUUCUCAUUCAGGAAAUGCGGCUCAAGGAAGUCGACCUCAAAGGCAUGACCCAUUCGUUGACCGGCUGGUCGCUGUUUUAUUGCACUGAGGCUCAGGAACGCACUGUCCCCCAUGGCGGGGUGGCCGUGCUUACCAAGGUCACACUGCCCGCUGUGCGGGCUGCUGCUCACAGUGAUGUGGCCGGCCAGUGGAUCCGGGUCACUCUUCCUGGGCUUCAGAUUUACAGUGUUUAUCAGCGGCCGGGCACUAGUUCGGACGAAAGGGAUUCUUUUCAUCAAAGCAUUUCUCAAGAUUUCAUGGGAUUAGGCCCUUCUCCCUGUCUUGUGGCUGGCGAUUGGAACCAUGACCCUGUUACUUCUCCUCUUCGCCUCUUCCUUCACGAUGCCUGUGUGUGUUUUCCCUCAUUUGCUCCUGAUCCUGAAGAUCCUGACGCAGUCAUGCCUGCGCCCACUCGGUGGGAUGGUCAGGCUUGCAUUGACUGGGGGAUCUGCAGAAAGGUCACUUGCGAUGUUGAAAUGCUGCUGGAUCGAUGGGCCGACCAUCGAGUUCUGGCCUGGACCCUUUAUGAUGUCGGAAUCUCAGCUGUUAAGCAACUCAGGUUGACUCCUCGUCCGAACCUUUGCAAACCUGAUGUCCUGUCUGAAGCAACGUGGCAAGCUCAGCUCACUGAAAGUUUCUUGGCUCGACAGUAUCAACUUUCUGAAGCUCCGAGCUGGGAGCAGCUUUGCUGCUUCACUGAAACUGUGGUUCAAGAGGCGCUUCUCGCUCAAGGGGUUGCGCGACGUCAGCCUACAAACUCCCACAAAGGACACCCUGCCAAAACCGAGCAAGUUGUCAAACAUCACAGAACCCUUACUACUGGUGAGAGCACCAUCAAACUGACCAGACUCCGGCGGUUUUGGCGUCGGGCUCAAGCUUGGCACACCCAAGGUUUCCGUGACAAUCGCCUUCGCGAUGCCUUGCUUCGCGAAGCCGCCCAUUUCCGUUGUCCAUUUCAUCCUCUUAGCAUCGCUUGCUCUUCGGAUUUUCUGCAAUGGCUGGCUGAUGAGAUCGAAGCUGACACCCAGAACUGCGUGAAACAGCGCCUGCAAGCCUGGCGCCGUAAGAUGCAGCAAGAUGCGGCCCCUUGGAAAUGGCUCUCGCGAUACAAGAUUUCCAACAAAGUGUCUUUCCUGGCCGACUCUGCUGGCUGUCCCCUUGCCGGACAAACCAUGUUCGACGAAAUCGAAAAUACCUGGCGGCAAUACUGGCCUCAAAACCCUAGGCAGGAGGAGCUGGACAACAUGGCCCGGCUGCACGACACCGCACCUUGGCCUAACGGCCCUGCUGCUCCCGAUUUGCCUCCCCUGCGAGGAAUCCAAUUCCGGGCCAAAGCUCGGGACGCCGUCAAAAAGGGCCUCCUUCAGCUUUUCGCCAACUUCUUCAACCAACUUGAAAGCGGUUCCCAGUCUUGGCCUACGGCUUUACUGCAAUGGCGGCAGGUUUGCAUUCCAAAGCCUUCUGGUACCGGGUUGCGACCCCUGAGCAUUGGUUCUGUGUGGUAUCGUAUGUGGAGCAGCAUUCGUAUCAAGCAGAUGUCCCAGUGGAUUGUCGAUCGUGUUGGUCCUCAUUUCCAUGGUGGUGUCAAACAGCGCGGCACCGUCAGUGCCCUCCUCAAACCUCUUUGUCUCUUGCAGAAGACCCAGAAUGAUGAUUCUCAGCCAGGCCGGCACCGCCGCCUUGCUGCCCGCCGGCGCCUGCUGCGAUGGAUUGGUGCUGCUGAUUUGUCCAAGGCCUUUGACCGGCUUCAUGGGGCUCUCGCUGGUCCUGCGCUGAAGCGCAUGGGGCUCCCCGCUGCUUUGGUGGAUGCUUGGACCGCUGCUUGGAUUCAUCAGAUGCGAUUCCUUCAAUUCGGUUCCCAGACCAGCAAAGGUGCUGUCAGAAACAUCAGCUGCCUCCCUCAAGGGGAUCCUUGUUCCCCUCUUGCCCUCUUGGGGGUCCUGGCUGAAGCUCUGUGGCGGCUGCAGAAGAAGCAUCCGGAGCGUACUCAUGGGCCUACUGUGUGGCGCAUCUACAUUGAUGACCGCUCUUGGUUUUGCGCUCGCAUGAAAACCUGCCUUAGCAUUGGCAAGGGUUGGAUUGAGGAGAUGAAGCUCCUCCACAUGGAUGAAAAUGCCUCCAAGGCUGACUAUGCUGUCGUGGGCCCUGCUGCCCUGGGCAAGAAGAUGUGCGAAGAGCUGCGGCGGCAGGGCAUGCCGGGCGAAGUUCGCACCCGUCCCAAACUGCUCGGCACCAGGAUCGAAACCAAGAGAACUUUCUCCAAAGCUCAAGAAGAAGAAGUGGUGCGAUUGCAGCGCGCGACCGCCAUCGCCAACAACAUUGCUUCCAUUCCCGGCAGUGUUCACUUGAAGACUACCUGGCUGCAGGGUGCUGCUGUUUCUCUGGCUAGCGUGGCCGUGGUUUCUCGCCUCCCUGCUCUUCGAGACCUGACCUCUGCUCAUCGGGCUAUCUCUCGCGCUUUGGCUUCUUCUGGCCACAGCAUGAUGGGUCCUUUGUUCACCCUUUUCCAUGGUCACAAAGUCAACUUGCGCUACCAAGUUGGCAACUACAUGGCUGAGGUGGUCCUGAAGUCUCACACGGAUCCUGAUGUUCGCAAAGCCUGGAACGCUGCCCUUACUCGCAGCAACGGUCCUGUGCAACUCUUGCGCAGAUGGAUGAAACGUCAGAAAUGGCAUGAACUUGGCCCCUGGAAGUGGUGGCACCCUGAGGCUCAAUGGGGGCUCUGCCGCCCUUCUGCUGCUCGCAGCUUCCCGGCCACUUGUGUUGGCCGCACGCUGCUCUUUGAUGACAACCACGAGGAGCUUCGACAUGUUCUCAGAGAUGCUUGGCGUGCUACACUCUGGGAACGAUGGAAGAAGUCUGCUCCCUACAAAUCCAGAUCUUAUCACUCUAUGCUUUGGCGUGAUGUUGCCGAUCGUUUCAAUUUGGCGCGAACCAUGCUUGCUCAUUUGCCUGCUCAUCUUCUUGCUCAUGCUUGGGCGGUCGUCUGCGGACAUGUGGUGAGUCAAGCUCAAUACCACGGCGACCCCACUCGUGAUCGAUCUGACCGUGACCGUAUUUGCUGGUUCUGUCAAAAAGAAACCAUUCCGACAUUUCUCCAUGCCAUGUGGGAGUGUGAUGCACCGCAGUUUGCGGAAAGACCUGUGUUGCCGACUUGCAGUUUUUCUGCCCCGGCGAGCGAUGCGCCGGCGCUGAGUUCUGCCCCGGCGAGCUGUGAGCACUAUGACCUGCUGCAGCUCUUCAACGAGACAACAACAACAGAGGUGGUGGAAUUGCUGCUAUACACUCACCUCCGCGUGGUGGCAGCGGGCUGGCUCGGCCCCCUAAUUCAUGACACGUUCGGUUUGUCGCUGCAAUGGUCUGAUGGCGGCAAUGCGAGCGCUCUUGCAGUGCGCGCUGGUGCAUCUACGAUGCAGCACGCAUCGCAUGUCAAGAGCGCGGCUCAAACACCGCCGCAUUGCACUGAGACUCAGGAGCCGUUGGUUCAGAGUGCAUCGGCGUCGUGA